ACAAAGAAGAAGAAGACCGCAGUCACUCGGGGCCAAACUCCCAUAUCUGCGGGAUCAGAUCCAGGACUUGUUUAACAGCCUCAGCCUCGUUAUGAUGUUGGAGGAGGAAGGGGCCCCUGGAGAUGGCGAGGUGGAGACCCCCUUUGCUGCAGAGACCUAUGCCGCUGAGGCCAUGGCUGCAGACAUGGACCCCUGGAUUGUGUUUGACUCGAGAAAAACUCCCAGAUCCGAGUUUGAUGGCUGGCUGGAGAGCAACGGGCCCUCUAAAGUAAACCGAUUUGGUGAUGAGGAAGGUGGUGUUAGCCCCGUGGGGUGGAUUGCAGUGCUGGGUCUGAACCACUGCCCCAGCACUGGGGAUGUUUUGGGUCUCCAAGAGAGCUGGGAGAAACUUUUGGCCAGUGGCCGGCCUGCCAGCUUCCAGACAGUAAAGGAGCUGGCUCUGAACCAUGGAGUGCUCACGGGCAAGUGGCUGAUGCACUUGGACGGCGGUUUCAAGUUGGACCAUGCCUGGGAGUGUGUGGCCAGAGCAGCCCUGGAUGGCAAGAUCUCCCUAGUUAAAGUCAGUCCCCUUAAUCCAAAGGGAGAGGGCAAGCAGGUUAUUUGUGCCUAUAACCAGAACUUCACUGACGAGAGCGAGGUUAUAAGGCUGGACUCUGUCAUACGUGCCACAGGGGUCAAAUGCCCGCUCAGCUACAAGCCGGAUGUCUACACAUACCUGGGAAUCUACAGAAACAACCGCUGGAAAAUUUGUCCAACCAUAUACGAGAGCAAAUUUGACCUGGAGUGUGUGCCCCGGCGUUCCCACAUAAUCAACAAAGUCACCAAUCUUGAAGUAACAUAAGCCUUUCUGAACAAGUGGAUUACUUUCAGAACGGGUAAAUGAAGAGGCACUUGGUGAUCCAGUGAGCUGGGUUGUGCAGGACAACUCACUGACAAAUGUGAGUUUUGAAAGCUAGUAGUUGAAGUUCUUCCUUUUGACAAAAAAAGCACUAAAUCUCAUUUUUUUGUUCUCAUGCUGUACUAUUUCCUAAGUGACCUGAACUAUUGUCACAUUUUUUAAAUUGAUUAUAUUGUGUUUGAGUUAGUUUUUGUAUACUUUGUUCGGUUUGUACACAGUAACACUUACCUGAUGGACAGUGUUGCUGAAGAAAUCCUCUAUUUGUAUGCACAGGGGAAAAUUUGCAUCCAACGAAGAAUUUCUUUUUUUACAAUCUACAUUUGUCUUUUUUUUUUCCUUUUAUCUUUUUUGGUAUGUACUGAACCCUGAUAACAGCGUUGCCAAAUAAAAAAAAUCUACUUUUGAAGACCAUCUUAA